ACGUGACUCGAGAAUGAUUGGCUAUCUUUUUGUUCGCCACGCCUCUCCAGGGUGACAGCUUUACGCACUACAUACCCCGUCAUGCCCUGCGGGUGACGCGCCGGUCCCGUGACUCCUGCCCGCUUCGCUCCUCCCGGUCUGUGUAAAGAUGGCGGACGAGGACGGGAUCCACUCUAGUCAACGGAACGGGGGCGGAGGCCCGGGCAUUCUGCCUGUCGGCGGCCCUCGCGUUGUCCGGAUAGUAAAGUCCGAGUCCGGUUAUGGCUUUAACGUGAGGGGCCAAGUGAGCGAGGGCGGCCAGCUGCGGAGCAUUAACGGGGAACUGUACGCCCCGCUCCAGCAUGUGAGCGCCGUGCUGCCCGGGGGAGCGGCCGACCGAGCCGGGAUCCGCAAGGGGGACCGCAUCCUGGAGGUUAAUGGCGUUAACGUGGAGGGGGCCACACACAAGCAGGUGGUGGAUCUGAUCCGGGCUGGAGAGAAGGAGCUGGUCCUCACAGUCCUGUCCGUCCCCCCACAUGAAGCAGAGAACCUGGACCCCAGCGAUGACUCCUCGGGGCAGUCGUUCUAUGACUACACGGAGAAGCAGGCCGUUCCCAUCUCCAUCCCCACCUACAAGCACGUGGAGCAGAACUCUGAGAAGUUUGUGGUCUACAAUGUCUACAUGGCCGGCCGGCAGCUCUGCUCUAAGAGAUACCGUGAAUUCGCCAUCCUGAACCAGAACCUGAAGCGAGAAUUUACCAACUUCACCUUCCCCCGGCUUCCAGGAAAAUGGCCCUUCUCCUUAUCGGAGCAGCAGCUAGACGCUCGGCGGAGGGGCCUGGAAGAAUACCUGGAGAAGGUCUGCUCCAUCCGGGUGAUUGGCGAGAGUGACAUCAUGCAGGAGUUCCUGUCGGAGUCGGAUGAGAACUAUAAUGGCGUGUCUGAUGUGGAGCUGCGGGUGGCGCUACCUGACAAGACGACAGCCACUGUGCGGGUAAAGAAGAACAGCACUACAGACCAGGUGUUCCAGGCUCUCGCUGCCAGGAGCGGGAUGGAUGGCAUCACCGCAAACUACUUUGCAUUGUUUGAGGUCAUUAACCAUUCCUUCGUCAGGAAGUUGGCACCCAAUGAGUUUCCCCACAAGCUGUACGUACAGAACUACACAUCUGCAGUGCCCGGCACUUGCCUUACGGUGCGGAAGUGGCUCUUUACCACGUCAGAAGAGGCGCUCCUGAAGGACAAUGACUUGGCGGUCUCGUAUUUCUUCCACCAGGCAGUGGAUGAUGUCAAGAAGGGUUAUAUCAAGGCGGAGGACAAGGCGUACCAGCUACAGAAGCUGUGCGAGCAGAGGAAGAUGCUGAUGUACCUGAACAUGUUACGGAGCUGUGAAGGCUACAAUGAGAUCAUGUUCCCACACUGUUCCUGCGACUCGCGAAGGAAAGGCCACGUCAUCACUGCCAUCAGCAUCAAGCACUUCAAGCUGCUGGCCUGCACGGAGGAGGGGCAGCUGGAGAAUCAGGUCAUCGCUUUCGAAUGGGACGAGAUGCAAAGGUGGGACACGGAUGAGGAGGGCAUGGCGUUUUGCUUCGAAUACGCCCGUGGGGAGAAAAAGCCUCGAUGGGUCAAGAUAUUCACUCCUUAUUUUAACUACAUGCAUGAAUGCUUUGAGAGAGUUUUCUGUGAGCUGAAGUGGAGAAAAGAGGUGGAAGAAGAAGCCACAGACAAAGACAAUAAGAACUGCACCAAUGACAGUACGUGCAGCAAGAACAUCUUUCAGAUCGUACGGUUGCAGCACAAGGACACUAGCACCUAGCGGCCCUGGACGGACCCUGCCCCCCUCCUCCUUCUCCUCGGCCGGUGGAGCCCGGUAAUUGUUCAGCAACAUCUCAUUUUUGUCAUGAAGACAGACUGAAUUGUUAACCUCUUCAGCACUGGGCUGCUCUGUACAGCAUUGCAGGGGUUAAUCAUUCCGCACCAAGCAUUAGACCUCUGCUGAGGAUUUGUUUCAGUGUCAUCCAGGCGUCUCCUGAACAAGACGUCUGAUCCUCUCAGUCCUGCGAUUGCUUUUUGUAGUUUGGGACCCCCUCGUCCUCUUGUCGUCCUUGCAUGUGACUUAACCCUUCCCUCCCUCCUAACACUACUACCUGGCCGACACUCCGCAUCCCAUGAAGUGGCUGAUGGGACGUAGCAGGGUGGCGUGGCCCCAGACGCACCGGGUGACACUUAGGGCUAUUUCCGAGCCUCCACAUUUCUGCACUUGUAUAUAGGAGAUCUCCUUCACUUCACAUUUCAUACUGCGUGUUAGGAUCGGGAAUCCCGCGGAUGAGGUCAUCGCGCGUCGCGUUCAUCCCCCUCCAUGUCAGUAUUCACAGCAGCCAUGUGACCACACAGUCCCUGCCCCCGAGCCACCCUCCAUUUCAUAACAUCUGUGGCUGGGGAGGGGAGCCCGGAGAGGCAAUGGCGGGCCGCCGGAUGUUUUUUUUGUUUUUUUGGGGUGAUUAAUCUGAAGUGCUACUCUCUAUACAAUUGUGCCAAACGGGAAUGCGUUACUUCCCUCCCUGGAGAGGACGAUGGUUGUGGACUACGUCGUAGUAAUGUUACAAUUAUUUCCAUCAUUGAGCAUCAUGUGGCCCCCAGAAGCAGGCGCAAUGAAUGUAAGGGGCGGGGCCAUGAUAAUCAGCAUGGGGAGUGACCUGAUCAUGUGACCACGGAGCGUCUGAUGUGCCUUCAUGUACUGUGUGUAAAGCCCCUAUUCCCCAGCACAGACAGACUGCGGUCAUUUUUGGACGCCGCGGUGGGCGGGAUCUUUAAUGCCGACAUUGCCUCGUUCCCCUCCUCAGCUUCUGACCAGAAAUAAUCUUCCAGCGGUGACCUCCACAUCACAGCAAUAACAUAGCCGUCACCGACUGAGGGACCCGCGGCAGGGGCCCAGCGCACCCCCCUUCCCCCGUGUGUGGACUUUGUUUAUGUUUUUUAAUUUAUUUUCUAACCACGACUCGGUUACGAGGAUGUUUUAUUUUGUUUGCAACGAAUGUGAAGGGUUUAAAGAGACAGAAGCGCCGCUCACCAGUGUUUAACGUCAUGUUCCAGAGCUAACAAUCUAAUCUUGUUCAGUAAAGUCACCUUAGUGUAAUUAAUUGUAACAUAUUCUUUUAAAUAAAUCAAUUUAUUGAUGA